AUGACGACCAAAGCUUCCACGCUUGAAUGGUUCGGUGCCACGACUUUCCGUCUCCGUACACGAGGUGUCACGAUCUUCCUCGAUACCUGGCUGGACAGGCCCUCGAUCUUGACAACUUAUCUGCCAAUUGAUGACGUCCAUGAGGCAGACUAUAUCUUCAUAUCACAUGCUCAUUUCGACCACCUCCCCGGCGCAGAUCGCAUCGCCAUCAGGACAGGCGCCAUCGUCAUAGCCAACAAUGAAGCUAUCAACCUCUUAAGAGAAGCUGGCGUUCCAGAGCACCAACUCCUUCCUGUUCAAGGCGGCGAGCGAAUACCGUUAUUUACUCGCGAUACCUGGAAUAAAGCUAAUGUUGACCCAUCAUUGCUCUGUCCUGGUCCCCCCGGUGCACCUCGACGUCCACUAGACAAACUCGCAGCAUUCUCUGUUGAUGUCUGGCCUUCACUACACUGCAUGAUGCCUGCUGAUCACCCUGAAAUCAUUGAUACAGCGACAGUAUACAAAGGCUCCGCGAGUCCUUAUAGCUGCACUCUGGACACUACCAUCGGAAUGAAGUAUGGUUUGCUCAAGAUCGGAGAACUCAUGCCACCUGAGAAACUCACCCCUGGUCAUCGCUCUUUUAUCGAGUAUGUCGCUGACCGAAAGCGAAACGUGUUUUCACACAGUGACGGCGGGCAAUUGAUGUUCAACUUUGUCAUUGGUGAGAAGGCUUUGCUCUGGAGUGCACAUCUGGGAGGGUACGAGGGUAUUCUACGAGAUUUACAACCAAAGCCUGAUAUUGCGAUAAUGGCUAUCGCUGGAAGAGCGAAUCUGAAUGGUCGACCCUUUGAUGGUUCUGCGGCUGAGUUUGCGGCGUUGAAGGUUGGUUGGUUGGGGAAUCCGUCUCAGGUGAUCUGGUGUCUACAUGAUGAAGCGUGCAUUCCACCUUGGAGGAUCAAGACUGAAGCAGCUACAAAGGCAGUUGAGGCGAAUGGCAAGACUAAGGUUUUGACGAUGGACUUUGCUAAGCCUGUGACGUUAGAUAUAUAA